AUGGACCUCAUCCAUACUGAUGUCCUGAAAUACUUCCAGUAUGCCAUGCUUUCACACCACUGGGAUGAAGAAACAGAGCCAUCUUUGUGCAACAUUGAGGGCCACCCAAUAUAUGGCAUGUCAGCCAAGGGGAGCUUUGGAAAGCUCCAAGGCUUCUGUUGUGUUGCUUUGGAGUGGGGUUACUUAUGGGCAUGGAGCGACAUGUGCUACAUUGACAGACACAGCAGUGCCAAGGUGCAAGAAAUGAUUGGAUCAAUGUUUGCAUGCUUGUUUGAGUGCAGUGAAUGGUUCAAGCAUGGGUGGACCCUCCAAGAACUACUGGCUCCCAAAUGCAUACUAUUCUACACCCCAAACUGGUCACUUUACAAGAACCUGGUGUCCUUGAACCAUAAAACUGAUGUCGCUGUGCUGGAAGAACUAAUGAUGGCAACUGGGAUAGAGUCCUGA